CAGAGCUGCAUGGGCGUCCCAUUACACUUAAUAUCUCGUUCACCCUUUUUGAUAUUUAAACGGACCAAAAACAAUGAAGGGAGAAAAUUCGGACUACCUGGCGAAUACCAAAACAUGGCCGUCAUUCUGUAUUGUCUUCAGUGUGACUGUGUUGUACGUUUUCUCCGUGUUGGCUGGCGUGGUUCUAUUCCUACAAUACAAAGACAUUAAGGAUUUAGAGUUUAGAGUUUUAAGUCUUGAAAAAGAACGUGUUCUAUUCCCUGGCAAAGAGUUCGUUCAGAAGACGGAGAGGGCGGGUAGGAGCAGACGACAGCUGAGUCCGAGCCAAUACACGACUUUGCUCCAGGAGAUCACACAAAAACAGUUAGAUGUGCUGACAGCAAGAUGUGGCAACGCUUCUAAGAUCUGUGUACCAGGUCAAAAGGGCGAACCUGGACAGCGAGGCGACACAGGUCUAAAAGGAGAUCCAGGUUUGAAUGGCGUUCCAGGUCAAAAGGGAGAACCUGGUAUUAGCACUUCCGGUUCAAAUGGACUUCCGGGUCCCAAAGGGGAACCUGGAUUGAUGGGCCUCAUGGGCGCCCCAGGGCCAAGGGGAGAAAAGGGUGAAAAAGGUGACAUUGGGCCACAGGGACCUCCUGGGGUCAAAGGUGACGCCCCGACACGGAAGCAGUUAGAUAUGUGUUGCAACACUUUAGCCGCUCCAACAAUACAGGGCUCUGGCAACGACAUCCUGACGGUAGAGCACGGCCGUGACAUUACACUCCCCUGUAGAACAUCCGGGUCUCCCCAGGCCGAUAAGUCGUGGAGCCCAGGGGUGGAUCCAACACAGCACGGGCGGUACGUGCAGACCACGGAGGGGCUGGAGAUCACUAACGCCCAGUACCUGGACAGUAGGAUGUUUACCUGUACGGCCAGCAAUAUAUUCGGCAGCCGCGAGAAACACGUGUACCUGGUUGUGAUAGACCCUAUACAGGUCAACUUGACCCCGUCAUCCCUUGACGUCACUUCCUCCUCGACGCCUUCACUCGACUUCCUGUGUACUUAUAAGGGCAUCCCUCCGCCGCGAGUUCAAUGGUUUCACGUCGGGCCCGACGGGACCAAGCAGAAUGUGACGUCACAGGCCCAAACGGGCGGUGGGCGGAGCACCCUACACGUCAGUAACCCGGAUGCUCUGAGUUCGGGACAGUAUAUGUGCAACGUGCUGAAUAACUACGAGAGCCAGAGUCAGACCGCCUCCGUUACUGUUCAUUCUAAACCAGCCAUAAUGAAGGGACCCGGAUCAAAAACGGUCAACAUUGGAGACACGGUCAUUCUACGCUGUGACGUAGCAGGUGAUCCCAAGCCAACUGUCACGUGGACUUUCCCAAAAACAGGUACAGCUGUACCUAAGGACGUACAGCUUAACGCCGACGGAUCCAUUACUAUAGUCCAUGUAGAUCAGUUCAGUGAGGGGGAUUACCAAUGUACCGCCACCAACUCUUUUGGGUCCGCCACCACUUCCGGUCAUCUUAACGUCAUCGUGCCGUUGGUUGUCCAAACACAUACUGAGGAACUUCCGGUUACUUCGGAAACAUUUGUCGAACUACAAUGUACCGGAAGCGGAAAUCCUUCACCGACAUUAACCUGGCAGAAGGUGGAUUCGUCGCCCCUGAACUCUGACCCCAGUAAAUACAUCAUGCUGCCCAAUGGCAACCUGAUUAUUACUGGGUUCAAUUCUGAGACGGACACAGGGUACUAUGUUUGCAAUGGCACGAAUACACAGGGAACCGCCGGGGAUUACACGCUAGUGUACAAGAAUGUGGGACUUCUACAGUGUAACUCCACAUUCACCGAGUGUUCCACUAAGAUAGGCGUAGCCUGUGGUGGACAAUGUCCAGGAAACUGUGACGUAACAAAUUCUGGAAUUGUUUAUGGAUUCAAAUCUUAUACACCGAACUCCCCCGUUUGUCUAGCGGGAAGACACAUGGGGGUGGUGGGUCGGCCUGGGGACAUGGUGAUAUGGACCGUGGGGGCGGGAGGGGACACUUUUGAAGGCAGACAGAACAACGGCAUCACCAGUCAGUUUUCCGGCCCACUCGCUGAGAAGGUCACCUUGUACUCCAAGCGCCCACAGAUCGGAGGUCACGUGACAAUAGCGCCCAUAGCACCACUGGGCGGGUAAACAACGCCCCUUAACACACCAUUACAUUUUCUGUAUAUUCAGGUUUUAAAUAAAUGUUACAAAAAUAG